AUGGCAAUCUCCACGAUGGGAAAGAAAAAUGUGGGUUUGGCCCUAGCAAUGUGUCUCGUUCUCUCAAGCUUCCAUGAGAUUUCUUGUCAGGUUGGCGAAAGCAGGGAAUUUGGAACGUUAGAGAGUCAAGAAUCUGAAUCUAAUGUCCAAACCUUCGAAGGGAAAGCGACAUCAUCUGUGUCUCACUCUGUCGAAGCCGAGUCUGAAGAUGCUAGUAGUUAUGAAGCGGGUCAAGGUUCGAGUAGCUCGGACGACAUCAAACGUCUAUUGCAAGGGUUUAAUAAAAAUGCUGGAUCUGAAGCUGAAUUAAUGGAUGCUUCUGAAACCGGUGCUUCGAAUCAGGAAAGGGUGAAAGAGCUUCAACGCCAGAUAGAAGCUUCGGCAUCUAGCAGAACUGUUGUAGAAGAAGAAGAAAUCACAGAGGAAAAGAGUAAGGUGGAAACAAGUGGAAACACAUUCCAAGGGGGUGAAAAUACAGAUGAUGGAAGAAUAUAUUAUAACAAGGGUGAAAAGGAAUCUGAGGGAAACCGAGGGUUCAUGAUAAAGGAACCGACAAUAACAAGAAAUGAAGAUGGGUCAAUGGGGAGUCGUGAGCAGUAUGAGUCGAAGCAAGAGUCAGUGGAGGGUCGUCUAGAGUAUGAGUCGAAGACAAGCAGUAGUGGCUCAGGGGUUCUGGGAUCUCUAGCAAUUGGACAGUCAGGUGCAUGGCGCUGUAUUAACCAAGACAAUAAUGGUGUUAAGGGAGACGAUUCUAUAGUUAUACCAAAGUAUGAUUUAAAUGACAUCAUCAAGGAAGAAUCCAUCAAGGGCUCCUCGUCAAAGACCUCUAGUCUCAUAACAUCGCUGACCGAGAUUGUUGAUAAUCAUAAGAAAAGACGAUGGACGACAGAUGUAAAAAUAGGAAAGGUUUCUACUACAGAAACAUCAGAGAAGGUAACGAAGCUAAAAAUGACCUUGAAAAAGUACGUUGGUAUAAAGGUGCGUGAGCUCGUGCAUCGUUCGGAUUACGAGGAGAUACUGACGAUGGCUGCACGCUAUGAGGAACUAACCCGGGCUAAGGUAACCUACAUAUCGAGGCUGGCCACAUACGGGACUGUGAUAAGAGAAGGAUUCAAAGCCUCUCAGCGAGUGAAAACCGUGCACCAGCGUGUCAUAUUGCAUGAAAACGUGGCCAUAGAGAAGCAGAAAAGGGUGGACGCUGAGUUCGAGUUAGUCAAGGCUUUGGCUCAGAAAGGAGACAACUUGGCCGUCCAAAUAUUCGCAAUGAAGAAGGCGGUGUUGAAGCUUGAGGCCGAGAAGAAACAAGUUGAGAUUCAAUUCCAGAAGAGUGUCGAGAAUCUGUCAAGUGUUCUAGAGGAAUCGUCUCACGCAUACGAGAAGCAUCGUGUGGUUGUGCGCGAGUGGAAGGAGGUGCAAGCAUCUGCUGAAUAUUCGCUUGAGACCAUCGAGAAGGCAGAUGUCGUUUGGGUUCAGUUUCUCAACACUCUUACUUAGAUACAAGUACUCUCUUCUGUUUCUUCUCAAUUGAUUUACACACUUUUUUAUCUUGUUUUAUGUUUCAGUAUUCCUUGUCAUCGUUACUUUUCAAUAAAAUUUGUUUGUUUU